AGUAUCGCACGACUAUCUUCAAUUUCAUGUACCAACAGUUCAGCCCUCUCUUGCGAGGAUAUCACAAACUCUUCCUUGUCUCGUUCCUUACAUGCUGCAUCCAAGAUGCCAAGGCCUCUAUUUGGUGAUUCUGAUGACCUUGUUGCAUGGAAAUACGAAUCGGCAGAGCGAGCCAGUAAACUUCUUGAAAUUGAAGAUGCUCAGAAAGAAUCCUUCCUGGAUGCGAUCCAAUCCAUGCCUCUUGGCAAACGGCCAAACCAACUGGCUCACUCUGGAACGAUUGGAAAAGGGGCUCGUCAUUUGCAGAAAGUUCCUCUUCCUAGCGAGGAUGCCCUUCAUCGCGCUCAUGUUUUCCUAGAUGCUAUGAGGACCACUUGUCUAGCCAACUCAAGAGAGUCUAAUUUAGAAGUUUGUAAAUUAGUGGAAAUAGCCUUUAGGCGAAUGUUGAAUGAUGCUUUGAAUGCGCUUAAGUGCCUGAUUGAUGCUUCUCUGGGAGGCGGAUUUUUCCUGUGCGAUGGGAUAUCGAAAAGGAGUUUGUCUCUAGAUACUUGGAAAUCUCUAAGCGCUAGAUUCGAGCUGGAUCAGCCAAGGCUUGAUGGAAGUUGUGGCGGAGAAUCUCCGUGUUUGGUGGUUACCUUGCUUCCAGUGAUUUAUAAGCCGAACUUGCAACAAUUAUGGCGAAAUUUGGUGAAAAUAUGA